UCCACGCUCUAAAAUGUACAAUCGAUUUACGACCGGAUUAGAUAGGCUCGUUGUCCAGACUAUUGUUACUGUCAAAUUCGAUAGUACUAGGAUUCUAGAUUACUGCCAAAUUCGAUACUAGAUUGUCAUUUACGGCUGGGUUGGAGUAUUAGUUCGUUCUUAGGUUAAACACAUCUCCCAUCCUCGAACUUGGCACGGUAAGUUUAGUUUUGUGCCUACAUUAGAGAGGAAGAUGGCAAAAGCUUACGCAAUCGACGCUUAAUUACAAGUUGUUGACGAUGUGAGUGAUAAUGAGUUUUCUGUUAGAGGAAAUGCGCCAUGUUUCUCACCUUUAAGCGCAUGUUAGGAUAUCUUGCUUUUUAGCAUAAGCUGCACAUUGUUUUCUGGAAAAAGUACACCGAAGCUCCCUCAACUUGUCAUCGAGUUACAAAAUCGUCCUCGAACCACAAAACUGGAUAAGUAGAUCCCUCGGUGGUUUUGACUCCGAUUUUAUCCGACGUAGCAGCUGACUCAGCGUGGAUCCCACGUGCCAGCCUCCUCUUCACUCCUCUCCACCUCUCCCUCUCUCCUCUUCUUUUCUCACCAGCAGAACAGCGACAGCCGGCGGGUGGGGAGGUCCGGGAGGAGGCCGGUGGGGGAGGCGGGAGUCCGGCGGCGGCGGGCCCGCGCGGAUGGAUUUGGGCGGCUGCAUCGGCUUCGCGGGGGGCAGCCUUCAUCGCCCUCUUGGCGCGGGCGGGGCGAGGGGGGAACUGCGCGCCUUCUUCUCCCACUUGGCAGACGCCGCCGCCGCCGACGACGCGGCUUCUUAGCGGCGGCGGAGGGGCGCGGGGUCCUCUUCCUCUUGGCGCCGACGACGCCCUUGGCGGCCGGGCUGCGGGCAGCGAAGCAGAGACAGGCGAGCGCGGCGGACGAGUUCGCCGUUCAGUGAGGGAGGCUGCCGAGGAGAAGAAGGCGACGGCGGCCAGGUCCAAGGCCAAGACGGCCGCCAAGGCCAAAGCUGAGCAAAGCUCCGGCCGCGACCGCGAGCAAGAUGACCAUGGAGCCAAGCCGCUCGCGCCUCCCUCUCCUCCACCACUUCUCGCUGCUCGCCUCGCUGUGUUCCGCGCGGUGGCGAGACGACAGCCGCGGCUUCCUCUGGUACCCCGCCCCGCGCCCCCCUCGGCGUGGCCCGCUUGCUAUCGUAGUCUACGCUCAUGACGAGACGGCCAUGUCGCUGGAGCAGGAGGAUUGGGAGAUCAAUGGCAUAGACAGAUCGGGUUUGGAUGCUCAGGUUGCUGAGGGUGCUCCUAGCCUGCUGUAUUUGUUGUCUUGUGCUAUGUUCAGCAUACAGUGCUAAUCUAGUGCAAAUCGCCUCGCCGCGGACGCUCCGCCCUGUGCUGGUGCUCACGCCGGUCACCGCUGACGAGGUGCGCGCCUACGUCGUCUGCUGCCGCGACCACGGCCUCACCGUCCGCGCGCGCAGCGGCGGGCACGACUACGAGGGCCUCUCGUACUGCUCGCUCCGGCCGUCCGGCGACGGCGAGGGGGCAGCACGUUUCGCCGUCGUCGACGUCGCCGCGCUCCAGGCGGUGCGGGUGGACGCGGCGAGGGGAGUGGCGCGCACCAAGGCGGGGGCCACGCGCGCCGUCUGCCGCAUCGGCGCCGCUGGACUCCCGCCUCCCCCACCGGUCUCCUCCGGAAGCAGAUCUUAGAGGGAUGUACUUCGCUUCAUCAGCGUCCAUUCCGAAUCCUACGGCGACGGCGCGAUUUCCUUUUUCGUCGUCCUUCGGCCCAGUAGCUGUCCAGCGUUCGGCCCAGUUGUCAGUUGCGGAGGCCGAAGGGGAAAAACAGAGCAGCGAAAAUGAACUAGAAAAUGAAACAGAGCAGGGAAAAUGAAACGCCAGCGACCGCCUCCUUCGUCGACCACCUCUCGCCGCCGCUCGUCGCCUCCUGUCCACCGGCGCUGGCGCGAGUGGAGUAGGUACCCUCAGCCGCGACGCUCUCGCCUACCCUCAGCCCCGCGUCCUCCCCGUGCGGGAACUCUGCUGCCCCUCCAUGGAUGUCGAGGUCUGCCGUCUCCGUCGACGACGUCGGCCUCAACGCCUCCUGGUUCGAGGCCACCACCAUGGGCCACUGCCGCGCCACCGUGGGAGGGAGGGCUGCUGCUGCUGCCAAGCCCACACCACCGCAGGAGGAAGGGCGGCCACCACCACCAUGGGCAUCUGUAGGAGUGCGACGGCAACACAAGCCACUGUAGCAGCUUGAGAAGCCAAGAGUGAGAUUGAGAAAUGAUAUGAAUUGAUGUUGUAAAUUGAUUUGAAUUCAUAAUGUGGCUCAAACUGAUUGAGAAAUUAUAUGAAUUGAUAUUGGAUGUGUUUGUCAAUUUGGUAUGGCAAAAGAGAUUGAUUCAGUAUAGCAGAAGAA